GCCCAUCGUGCUUCUAGCAACACUUUCUAAAUUUUUUUACAUUAUUCUCAUUUGAUAUAUUUUCUGCGGGAAAAUACAAUAUAUUUGUUUGUAAACAUAUGCAUCUUUAAUUGUGUUCAUAUUUGGAAAAACAUCAGAAGCACCUGUUGUUUUUUUCUUGUAAAGGUAGUUCUGUACGAAACGGAUAUAUGCCGAUGACGCUUUGUUGAUGGAGGCUACCGAACUUGUUCCGUGCAAGUUUAGAGCAGUUAAGGCUGUGACUUCCUUGUAAUAAUAGAUUUUAGUGAAAAUGUCCAAUAAGGAACCACCCAUGGGUGUGCCAGUUGGUAAUAUGCAGCCUCAGCAGCAACCACAACACCAGCAUCCUUCACAACAGACACCUCCUCAGCAUAUGAUGCCUCAGCAGCCUUAUCCUCAGGAACAACAGCUUUCUCAAAAUUAUGUUCCUUCAUCCAAUUAUCAUCAACAGGGAUCAUACUCUACCCCAAGUGCUCAAGGGCACAUGCCUUCUGGACCAAGUCCUAUGCCUCAAAGUAUGGAAGUGAAUGAGCAACCUCACCAUCCACAUCCUGGAUAUGUAAGUGGUCCCAUGAAUGGAUCACAGGGUUCACCUCAUCCUGAAAAUAAUGCAGUACCACCACCUGUGUGUAGUCCCAUGCCGAAUCAGGGACCUUCAACAGCUAAUCAGAAACCAUCACUGUUAACAAGUGCCCAAAUAACCCAGUUAAGAGCUCAAAUAAUGGCUUACAGAUUACUUGCUCGGAAUCAGCCUAUACCAGAAAGUAUAAUUAUGGCUAUUCAAUGCAAAAGACCUAUGCAAAACCAAGUAGCUUAUACUCAAAGACCUCCAGGAGCACCAUCUCCUGGUCAACCUAUUCGAGCCCCUAUGCCUCAGUCCCAGCCUCCUACACAGAAUAUGAAUAAUAACAUUAUGCCACAGCAAAUGCCACCUUCACAACCUAUGCAUCCUCAUAUAAAUCAACCAACUAUGCCUCCACCUCAACAACAACAAGCUCCACCUACUCAAGUACCACCACCACAGCAGCAGCCAAUCAGUGCACCACAAUCUGCACCCCCAAUGCCUUUGCAGGGACCACAAGCCAGGCCACAAGGUCCUCCAAAUGCCCAAGGUGUUCAUUUGCCUUCUAUGAUGCAACUUCAACAACAGAAACAAAAUAGAAUAACUCCAGUUGCCAAACCUCAAGGCUUAGAUCCAUUGGAAAUAAUUAAAGAACGAGAAAACAGAUUAGUUCAACGGGUAGCAUUGCGCAUUCAAGAAUUAUCCUCUUUACCUGGUGAUCUUUCUGAAGAUAUCCGUGUUAAAGUCAUGAGUGAACUUAUUGGCUUGCGCUUGCUCAACUUUCAGAGACAACUUAGACAAGAAGUGGUCAGCUGUAUGCGGCGGGAUUCGACUUUAGAAACAGCAUUAUAUCCUAAAUUAUACAAGCGUACGAAACGUCAUGGAUUAAGAGAGGCUAGAAUAACAGAAAAAUUAGAAAAACAACAAAAAUUGGAGCAAGAGCGCAAAAGGCGUCAGAAACAUCAAGAAUACCUCAAUGCUGUUCUGCAACAUGCUAAAGACUUCAAAGAAUUUCAUCGUAAUACUAUGGGCAAGAUAGGGAAAGUAAAUAAAGCUGUAGUAACUUAUCAUGCUAAUACAGAACGAGAGCAGAAAAAAGAACAGGAAAGAAUAGACAAAGAGCGUAUGAAACGUCUUAUGGCAGAAGAUGAAGAAGGGUAUCGAAAGCUUAUUGAUCAAAAGAAAGAUAAACGUUUGGCAUUUUUACUUUCUCAGACUGAUGAAUAUAUUCACAAUCUCACAGACAUGGUCAUGCAACAUAAAAUAGAACAAAAGAGAAAACAGAAAGCAAAGAGGAAAGAAAAGAAAAAGAAGAAGAAACAACUAGUUGAAAAUCCAGAUACAAAUGAUUCUUUGCAAGAAGGGCUUAUUGAUGAGUCUUCCCAGCAAAGUGACCUCAGAGUUAAUGUGAUUGAAACUGCAACUGGAAAAACUCUGACUGGAACUAAUGCACCUCUUGCAAGUCAGUUGGAUGCUUGGUUAGAAAUGCAUCCAGGUUAUGAAGUUGCACCUCGAGAAGCCAGUGAUGAUGAUGAAGAAGGUGAUGAAGAUUCUUCUGAUUCAGAUGAAGAAGAAGAGCUACUUAAGCCACUAAAAACAAAACCUAUAGAAAUUACAGGUGAAGAAGCUAAACAAGCACUUAGCUCUGCCACAGCAGAAGAUGACGAAUACAUGAAUGCUGGUGGGUACCAGAAUUAUUAUAAUAUUGCUCAUGCUAUAUCAGAAGAGGUUAAAGAGCAAGCUACUUUAAUGGUAAAUGGUAAACUUAAAGAAUAUCAAGUUAAAGGAUUAGAAUGGCUUGUUUCUUUAUAUAAUAAUAACUUAAAUGGAAUUCUUGCUGAUGAAAUGGGUUUGGGUAAAACAGUCCAAACUAUUGCUCUGAUUACAUAUUUAAUAGAAAAGAAAAGAGUUCAUGGUCCUUAUCUCAUUAUUGUACCUCUGUCUACUUUAUCAAAUUGGAUGCUGGAGUUUGAUCGAUGGGCACCAACUGUAAUAAAGCAUGCUUAUAAAGGAUCUCCAAAUAUAAGGAGACAAAUAGCCAGCAGUUUAAAAGCAACCAAAUUUAAUGUUGUGUUAACUACAUAUGAGUAUGUAAUAAAAGAUAAGGCAGUACUUGCAAAAGUUCGUUGGAAAUACAUGAUAAUUGAUGAAGGUCACAGAAUGAAGAAUCAGCACUGCAAACUUACUCAGAUUUUGAAUACACAUUAUACUGCUCCACACAGAUUAUUAUUAACUGGAACACCUUUGCAGAAUAAACUUCCAGAAUUGUGGGCCCUUUUAAAUUUUUUGUUGCCUAGUAUUUUUAAAUGUUGUAAUACUUUUGAGCAAUGGUUUAAUGCUCCUUUUGCAACAACUGGUGAGAAAGUUGAAUUGAACGAGGAAGAAACCAUUUUGAUUAUUCGACGUCUUCAUAAAGUUUUACGUCCUUUCUUGUUAAGACGUCUGAAGAAAGAAGUAGAAUCUCAGCUACCCGAGAAAGUUGAGUAUGUUGUCAAGUGUGAUAUGUCAGCUUUGCAACGUGUGCUAUACAGGCAUAUGCAGACAAAAGGGGUUUUGUUGACUGAUGGCUCUGAGAAGGACAAAAAAGGCAAAGGAGGUGCUAAAACUCUCAUGAAUUCUAUUAUGCAGCUGAGAAAAAUUUGUAAUCAUCCUUUUAUGUUUCAAAAUAUUGAAGAAGCUUGUGCUGAGCAUAUGGGGUUAUCUAAUUCAAUGUUAUCUGGACCUGAUUUAUACAGGGCUUCUGGAAAAUUUGAAUUAUUGGAUCGUAUUUUGCCUAAGCUCCGUAAAACUGGACAUCGUGUAUUGCUCUUCUGUCAAAUGACAACUUUGAUGACUAUAAUGGAGGAUUAUUUAGGCUACAGAGGGCAUCCUUAUCUUAGACUUGAUGGUACAACUAAGGCAGAAGAUAGAGGUCAUCUUUUAGAAUUAUUUAAUGAUGCUAAUUCUCCAUACUUCUUAUUUUUAUUAAGUACUAGAGCUGGUGGCUUGGGUUUGAAUCUCCAAGCAGCUGAUACAGUAGUAAUAUUUGAUUCUGAUUGGAAUCCACAGCAAGAUUUACAAGCCCAAGAUAGAGCUCAUCGUAUUGGUCAACAAAACGAAGUGCGGGUAUUGAGAUUAGUUACAGUCAAUUCUGUUGAAGAACGUAUUCUUGCUGCAGCUAAGUAUAAGUUGAAUUUGGAUGAGAAAGUUAUUCAGGCAGGUAUGUUUGAUCAAAAAUCUACUGGCACUGACAGACAUCAGUUCCUUCAGGCCAUUCUGGCUCAGAAUGAAAUUGAUGAAGAAGAAGAAAAUGAAGUACCUGAUGAUGAAACUAUUAAUCAAAUGAUAGCUAGAAAUGAAGAUGAAUUUGAAUUAUUUCAAAAAAUGGAUAUUGAUCGUAGAAGAGAAGAGGCCAGAAAUCCGAAACGUAAACCUCGUCUAAUGGAAGAAGAUGAAUUGCCUGGUUGGUUAAUCAAAGAUGAUGCUGAAGUUGAAAGACUGACAAAUGAAGAAGAAGAUGACAAGAUCUUUGGUCGGGGUAAUCGGCAGCGUAAAGAAGUGGAUUAUUCUGAUUCUCUGACAGAUAAGCAAUGGCUGAAAGCUAUUGAAGAUGGCAAUCUUGAGGAAAUUGAUACUGCUAAGCCUAAAAGGAAAGUAAAGGGUAGUUCUUCAUCUUCAGGUAAAAAACGAAAGAAAGAAAAAGAUUUAGAUGAUGGUGAACCCGAGAAGAAAAAGAGACGUGGUAGACCUCCAGUAGAAAAGAUGCAACCUAAUCCACCAAGAUUAACUGUCCAAAUGAAGAAACUGUUGGAUAUUGUGAUUCAUUAUAAAGAUAGUGAUGGGAGAGUUCUUAGUGAAGCAUUUAUGCAUUUGCCUUCUAAACGAGAAUUACCAGAUUAUUAUGAGGUUAUUAAAAAACCGGUAGACUUGCGAAAAAUAAAAAAUCGUAUUAAGGAGCAUCGUUAUCGUUCCUUGGAUGAUUUGGAAACAGAUUUCAUGCUUCUAUGCACAAAUGCCCAAACUUACAAUGUUGAAGGUUCUUUAAUUUAUGAGGAUUCUAUUGUUCUACAAUCUGUUUUCACCAGUGCCAGAGAACGACUAGAGAAGGAUGGGGAUUUAUCUUUCACCGGUGGCGAUUAUGAAGGAGAAAGUGAUAUGUAUGACGAACCAGAAGAGAAAAUUCGUAAACGAAAACCAAGACAAGCUAGUAGUAGACGCUUCAUUAGUGAUGAUGAUGGAUCAGAUAGUGAUAAUUAAUUCACUAUAUACAUAUUCAUACAGCAAACUGACAUUCUAUUUAAUGGCCCAAGUAUUUUUAAUUUUGAUAUGAAAUUUCUACAUAAAGCAUCCAAGAUGUGAAAAUAUGUGCACCACACAAAGUGAUAUUUUGGGUUUUGUAGCUUUCAAGUAUUAAAGUCUUUAUUUAUUGGA